AUGCCUUUUGAUUGGAGACAAAUCUCACCAACGGUAUUUGAGAACGACCGUGGUACUUUUGAAGAAUUGUACUAUUAUACCCAAGGCGAAUUUGGAAAGCCUGCUCCAUUCAUACUCUAUACGACAGUCAAGUUCAAGAACCAUGAUGGCCUUGCUCCUGAUCAGAUCGAAACCUCUCUGAGGAACGCAUGGUCGCAGACAAGGCGAACGCAACCUCAGAUCGCAGCCCGUCAUGGCGAAACAGGCAAAGUCAUUGAGAUUUUCCGAGGCCAAGCCCUCGAUGACUGGCUUUCCGAGACCUUUCUUGUUUAUCGGGAGACUACCCUUGAUGACAUUUUCCGCGAUAGCGGCUCCAGGCGUUACGCCACCUUGUUCUACUUUCCAACCACUAGGGAAUUAACCCUUCAGAUCAACCAUGCCUGGGUUGAUGGCCGGGGUGCUCUAUUCUUUUGGGAUACUUUCUUCUCUGCACUGGCCAAUCCAAGCGACGCUCCAGUUACCCCCGAAGACGUCAAGAAGAAUUUGCCUGUCACAAUUGACACUAUCCUUGAUAUUCCUGGCGGAACGUCCCCAGAGGUCCUCGGCCCUGCGAAUAAGAUUCUCGAGCGCAUUUCGACAGACAAUGCCAUAUUCACACCGGCCGAUAGCCCCGACACACCACUCAAGGGCUUUUUCCGCCGCCAACGUAAGCUUGACCCAGAGGUCAGCAGCAAGGUUAUCGCAGCACUCAAGAAACGUGGCAUGACAGUCACAGCUGCAAUACAGGUCGCUUUCGGCAUAGCCGUCCAGGAAUACCAGCGCGAAAAGACAGGCAAGGCAGGUGAUGUAUGGGCCAGCUGUGCCAAUAUUGAUGCCCGUCGGUUCUUCCCUGAAGAAUACACUGCCGAGCUUAAGAGAGUCGCGUGCCACUACACACUUCUUCCGCUAUACGUUCCCAUCAGUGCUGAAACGUUCGACAAGACCGCUAUCGAGCUCUCUGACUACUACCGAAAAGCUCUCAAACAUCCUGAUGCCGAAGGUGCUCUUUGCGUUCCGGCCGCUAUGCCUCUUUAUAUGCAAACUGUCGCUGAGGGUGCAGCGUUUCUUCGGACGCCGCUGCUUACGUCGCUGGGCAUUGUGGAAGAUUUCAUGGGUCACAGGUUUGGAGAAUGGGAAAUUGAGGACUUUUGGCUUGCUAAUACCAUGAUGCCACCAUCUGUGCAGGUUUUUAUCUGGACUUGGAGGGGUCAGGUUGUGUUUGGUGGUUCGUGGAAUGAGGCUAUGUUUGGAGCAGAUGUAAUUGAGGGGUUGCUAGAAAGGACUGAGGAUAUACUUUCCAAGGGUCUUCAGCUUGAGUAA